CUGCAGGAAGCAUGUAGGACAGUGUUCGACUUUUUUGCAGGAGAUUCCCACCUUCCUACGAAAUGGGAGGACUCUGCUACACAUGUUGAGGAAUUCAGAGCAAUGCGUGAUUCGCUGAGUUCUGUUGAAACGUCGUCGUUUUCGCAACUGGAAAUCAUUAACUCACGCGGAGUUUAUCAAAUAGGAGCCAUUCGUUGCGAUAGUGGUCUCGCGCCACAUGACUACACGCUGGACAAAUGCCUUAAGGUGGAGAUCGCGUCGGAUGAGAACGAAGCAGGUGGCACCGUCAAGAGCUACAGUUAUUCUUUUCUUCAAGAUUUGGAAAGCAAGUUGAUGCUGAUAUGCGGACAGAAUCAUCAGCACAGGAAUACAGUGGAUAUGUUUGUAGAGGUGCUUAGUAGGACUGUCCGGCUGGCCAAUGUGUUCAUUGAUCUUGCUAAUGCUGGACACGACGCGUAUCUUCAAUGGACGAAAUCUUUUUCUUGUUGCAGUGUCAAUACGAGAGGUUUCUCCAUUUCUUUGGACACCUCCGAUGAAGACAUGGAUGGGUUUCCUUUACUUCUCGAAAAGAUGGGAAAAGAAGCUGAUGAAAUGAAGGAGUGUUUAAAGAAUUGGGUCGAAAAGGUAGAAAUAUAUCGAAAGCAGUACAGUUAUCUCAACUUUUUUACUACGCCGCAAGUGUUGGUUCUUCGUCGUGAAUUAGGGCUUGUUGUUGCAAACGCGCGUAGCACGCUUCCUAAUGACGUGUUUUCUCUUUUGAUGUCUGUUCGACCAAAUUGUAAUUUUUCUGACGUGAAAGAGGCACUCGGUGUUGUUCGUGGGUAUGCUGCCGCACAAAAUAUCAAACCCAUUUUUAGACAAGGUGUGGCUGAACCGACAUGGAAAGAGAAAGAUGUUCAAUUGCUACAAGAUAUGGGAUUUGCAAGACGUCGGGCGUUGAGAUCACUGCAGCUGUGUGAUGGCGACCCUGAAAGAGCUUUGACUAUGUGCUUGGAUUAUGGUGACCAAGGAGUGAUGAGUGACGUUGAGGACAUGUCUGUAGGAGAUGUGACGUUUGCAGAGCCUACGGUAUCAUCGGUUACCACAAUGAUGAGCGGUGUCGUUGGUGCUUCGUCGUAUCUUUCCAUGGAUGUAUUGGGUCAAAUACUACAGCUAUUGGCACCCUCUUCUCCACAGCCACUAAAGAGAUCAUUUUCUAUCUGUUCCUUUAGAGCUGGAGAACCAAAUCUGAUAAGUGCUCCGCGAAACGAAGUUUUGCCUACAGUUCUUGAACUUUACAUGAUCGACACUAGAAUGGCUUUACCGACGGCUCACGAAGUCUUGCUUUGCUCUUCUUCGACUUCUAUCGAAGAGGUGUGUCUUUUGUGGAGAAGAGCCAUUGCAGAUCCCACUCGACUAUUUUGUCUUGCCAUGGCGGACAAACUAAGCUAUGAAGUAAGCCAAAAAUCAUGGGAAAAGAUCAAUGAGUUCAUGCAUAGUUACGAUAUUUCAAAGCCUGUCGAUUUCAAGUUUGCUGUUGUUUGUUCGGCUGAAAAGGAUGACAAGUCAUAUCUUGUUAAUGCCUUAGAAACUUAUCGCAGACACACUUUGCCAUCUCCGUCUGCUCGGCAUCUUCAAAAGUAUUUCAAAGCAAUUUUUAUCCAGAAAAGUAAAGAAGUUGCGGCUAGUUUGGAUACAGAGAAUAGUUCAGUGCGAGUAGUUAGAUCUAGUCGCGCAGGGGUCGGAAAGACGUCGUUUGUAAAGGCGAUGGCCGACCGUUUGGGCACACUUUCCACUAACCGUUGCAUCAAUUUAUCACCUGUAACAUCUGGUGAAGAGAAGGUAACUCUGCAUGUCAUGAUACCUUUGCACGAGAAAGAUAUCGACGUGGACGACGUUGUCAAGAAACUGAGGCCGUUCUGUCUUUCUCCAGACAGAAAAAUUGCGCGCAUUAUUCACAUCGACGUUUCACCCUUAGUUUGCGGAGGAGUAGAUUCCCUCGUAUUCAACCUUCUGAUUCUCGGUCAACUUUCUGAUACAAAAGGUAACGUUUGGCGCAAGCAAGAAACAGACAUGUACGUUAUUGAGAUUACGAGGUCGCAACAGCCAUUGCCUGGUUAUCUGACACCUUCCGGAAGCGUAAUUCAGGUUGAUGCUCGUUUACAAAACACAGCCUUUUCCUUAAUUGAUUGUUUACCUACUACUCUGUGCACUGGGCCUGUAGAGGUUUUGCAAUCCGAUGGCGUGUCAUCAGGAAUGGAGGAUGCCAUUGUGGAUCAUCAGUUUCGCAGCUGCGACUUUCAACGCGUCUAUCAGUAUUUGCUGCGGUUAUCUGCUGCAGAAAAUUUGGAUCGAUUCAAAUUUCAGGUUGGCACCGUUGAGGGUAGUCAGCGCGAUUGCUUAGCAGUUCUCUUGCAAAAUUGUGGGGUGAGUGACCCUUCGUGGAGUGAGAUUAAGCGUUUUGUUAGCUUUCUAAGUCACCAGUUGCGUGACUGCGACCACAACGACUUCUGCAAUCCAGUAGCAUGCGGAGAAGAUUUGCCUGGCUUUAAGCAAUUUGUUCUCAAGCUUAUGAUUCGAAUGUCGAUAGACUUCGCGGCCCCGUCUCUUAACGUCCACGAGCCUGCACUCACCGAGAAAGUCGGCAUUCUUGAAAAGUAUCAGUUGAGAAGAAGAUGGGAACAUUCACCUCAUCCUUAUCUCUUCUUCAAUGAAGAUCGUCAGUCUGUGUCGUUUUUUGGAGUGAAAGUUAAUAGGCAAGGUCAACUACAAGAUCCAAAUACGGACGAGGUACUUGAUCCUCAACUAAUUUCUCCACAGCUGUGUACGGCGUUGUAUAUUCAAGGCUUUCGUCUUGAAGAAAACUACGAUCAAUGGGAUAAAGCCCGUAAAAUAAACGAACUGUGUCGAGUAAUGGGUGUCCAAUAUCCGUUUGAUCACGAUGAAAGCUAUGAACUGACGAUGGAUAAUGUCAAGAAGAUACUUGCUAUACACAUGCGAUUUCGCUGUGGUAUUCCAGUCGUUGUCAUGGGAGAAACUGGCUGUGGUAAGACAAGACUGAUCAAGUACAUGUGCAAGCUACAGUCUAACCUUACUGGAGCAAAGAAUAUGCUUUUGAUGAAAGUUCACGGAGGAGUGACUAACGAAGAUAUCACCAAUAAAGUUCUUGAGGCAGAACGGCUUGCAGAGCAUAACGAGUGGACAUUUCCAGGUUAUAAAAUCCAGACGGUUUUGUUUUUUGAUGAAGCAAACACAACCGACGCAUUGGGAUUGAUCAAAGAGAUCAUGUGCGACGGCAGACUAAAUGGAAGAAAAAUCUCGCAUCUGGGAACUUCGUUGCAGAUUAUAGCCGCAUGCAAUCCAUAUAGAAAACACACAGACGAUAUGAUUCAGCGCUUAGAAGCAGCCGGAUUAGGAUUUCACGUCAGGGCUGAGGACACAGAUGACAGACUGGGUCGCAUUCCUUUACGCCAGUUAGUGUAUAGGGUUCACCCUCUACCAGCCAGCAUGACAGAACUGGUUUGGGACUUUGGCCAACUGAAUCCUGGUACAGAAAAGCUGUACAUUAGGCAGAUUGUCGCUAGGCACGUAAAGCAGCAUCUAGGCAUGGACAACGCCGAUGAAUUUGUUAACGUUCUGGUAGGCAUUCUUGCUACUGCUCAAUGCUUUAUGAGAGACCGGAACGACGAAUGCAGUUUUGUGAGUCUGAGGGACGUCGAGAGAGCAAUGAUUGUUAUUUGUUGGUUUUACGAUCUACGCGAUGUUCUGAGACCUCUCGUCCACAAGAAAUGUAGUGAGCAUGUAGUCGGAGGAGAUCCAAUCAAACUACUUUCUUCCUUGACGAGAUCUGUUGUACUGGCUUUAGCAGUUUGCUAUCACGCGCGCUUGAAAGAUCGAAAACCAUUUCGAGAAGUCAUCGCCAAACAGUUUCAGUCACCUUGUAAUUUACACGGCGGAGCAAACAGACUCGACCAAGAAAUCCGGGUAUGCCAAGAGGUCUUUCUAGACGAACUUGAAUUUGAACCGCAGAUUGCUCGAAACCACGCCCUUAGCGAAAACGUUUUUAUGAUGCUAGUUUGCAUCGACCUCCGCAUUCCAUUGUUUCUAGUUGGCAAGCCGGGGAGUUCGAAGUCCCUGGCAAAAGAUAUCGUAAAAACAAACAUGAAAGGGCAUUUGUCCCAUUCGAAACUGUUAAGAUCUCUAAAGCAGCUGCAUAUGGCAUCUUAUCAAUGCAGUCCUUUGUCGACGGCUGAAGGUAUUAUUGGCGUCUUUGAGCAAUGCCAGCGUUUGCAGAAUGAUAACGACGAAAAGCGUUAUGUGUCGUGCGUUGUACUGGAUGAGGUUGGUCUGGCGGAAGACUCUCCUCGUCUGCCACUGAAGGCAUUACAUCCGUUGUUAGACGACGGUACGACUGGAGCCGACAGUUCUGAAGAAGAUGACAAGGCUGCAAGAGUAGCGUUUGUUGGCCUGUCGAAUUGGGCAUUGGAUCCUGCAAAGAUGAAUCGCGGAAUUUUGGUGAACAGGGAAGAGCCAGACGACGACGACUUGAUCUUUAGCGCCAAGGGUAUAUGCAGCUCGGAUGAUCAAACUCUCGACUUACUGAUGCCGUACCUAGAGGGAAUGGCUAAGGCAUACAGAAGAAUCUAUGGUGAGCAAAAGGAGAUCAGAAGCGAAUUUUUUGGCUUAAGGGAUUAUUACAGCUUGGUGAAAAUGCUUUACGGUUUUUGUAAGCAAUCUCAACGGCAACCCACACGCAUGCAAAUAGAACACGCCAUUCGAAGGAAUUUUGGUGGUCAAGAUGACGUAGACGUGCUGCGAAUAUUCUAUCAAUGCUGCAAUUUGAAAUCAAAUACUCAAGAGCAACAGUCCUCACCGACCGCUGCUAUUGAUAACACAACGAUCGGUCUGAUUCGGGCCGCAACGGAGACUGGACGCUCAAAAGAGGCACCCGAGAGUCGCUACGUCCUGUUGCUUACAGACAAUUACGCUGCACUUAACAUUGUUCGCCAGCAGGUGCUUCUUCGAGACGACGCUGUUAUUAUCUUUGGUAGUGGCUUUCCCAAGGAUCAAGAGUAUGGCCACAUAUGUCGCACUAUCAAUAGGAUCAAGGUGUGCAUGGCUACUGGGCGGGCCGUCGUUUUGCUCAAUCUUGAUAAGCUGUACGAGAGUUUAUACGAUGCGUUAAAUCAAUACUACGUUAGACUCGGUGGACAAAAGUUUGUCGAUCUUGGUCUUGGGAGUCACAGAGUGAAGUGUCAAGUCCACGAAGACUUUAGAUUGAUUCUCGUUGCAGAACGAGACGCUGUGUACAAGUACUUUCCGAUUCCCCUCAUUAACAGGAUGGAAAAGCACUGUCUGUCUAUAAAUUCAGUGUUGUCUCAUUUGCAAAAGCAAAUAGUAGAAAGAGUGAAGGUGUGGGUGCAGAAAUUUUCUGUUAUAAAGUCGGAUCAAUCACGGUUUGAAACAGGAAAUGAAAAGCAAAACCACUUUAAGGAAACGGAUGCUUUCAUUGGGUAUCAUAAGGAUGCCGUUGCUACUAUUGUACUUCAAUCGUCCAGAGAGAUUGACGCAAGAAAGGUGCGUGGAGACGCACUGGAAAGCGAGCCCGAGACUUCGGAAGACGUUUUCCAUCUCUCUUGUGAGAAGUUUUUGUGCUGCGCGACGCCUGACUCUAUCGCUCGUUUACCAGCUUCUGACCUCUCUUCGGAAGCAGAAGCAAUAUUGAGUAUUUAUUACGAGAAACUGCCCGUUUCUAAUUUAGCUGACUUUGUAAAGUUUCACACCUCCAAUACAACAGAAGACGGUGCCGAUUUGCUGAUGCAAGUUACCACUCAUUCACGACUAUUUUCUUUUGAUGGCAUUACGGAUUUUGGUAACUCCAUGAAGGUCGAAGGUAUAGCGCUACAGCAAUUUGAUACCGAGCAGCAGUUCUGUAAUAGAAUCAAAGAAUUGUACAAUAAGGAAGAAAUGGAAUCUUCUCUUCUUGCUGUGCAAUGUGAACUUGGAGAAGUAAGCUCGGACAUGAUUAGCUGUGCUCGAUAUUUGAUACAAGAAGCACGAGAAGAAGGGAAGAGAUCACGAAAGAGCAACAGAGGUCAUCGGCACCUGGUCCUAAUAGUGCAAGUCUCACGCAUGUCUGCAAAUACAUUUACUGGAUUUCAAGGCGGGUUCUGGAUUGAAGCUCACAUUGAUGAUCUGCGACAAAGAGAUGAUCACAUUAAAAUGCCAUCAGUAAGGCAACUUACGAAUCGCACAAUGUCUUCGCUACUGUUGGCAGCUAUAGAUGACGAUUAUAGUCAGAGGCCACCAGUUGAACCUUCAGCCCCACCGUUGGAAGAGGUAAUGGAAGUAGAUGACUCGCAAGAAAUCGUGUCUGAAGAAGGUGUGGCGAUGGAAGUGGAUAGUAACCCGGAUAUGCUUUACAACAACCAGACACUACUGGACAGUUACGAUCUGAUACAAGCUUGCAUUCACGGAGCUGUUAGCAGGCUUGAUGAUCCAGAAGCUGAUGUAGAGAAGACGUCGCAGCGUAUUCGUGUACUCUUAAGCCUGACCGAGACUUCUGAAUGUUGCCGUGAUUCGGAAACAUUCUCUAGAGAACUUGUUAGAAGAAUUAGUAAGCUGCUAAAGGAGAAAGAAACUAGAAUGGAUCCUCACGCAGCUGCAGGGUGGGUCAGAAACGAGGCAUUGAGCCAUCGAAGCAUUCAAGCCGGAGGAACCUUCAAACGCGCCUUGUGGCUGCGAAUAGUCGAUGUCGUGACUCCCAUUCUGUCAGAAAUCUUGGCGCUUCUUGACAGCAACUCAAAUCUUUCUCUAAUGCGUGACGGCUUUUCAAAAGAUGGCAGUUGGAUAAGAACGCUUUGGCUCGACCUCUUCUGUUGUCCCCAUUUUGGUCAGCUUUCUUACGACAAUUUUGUAUCUCCGGUGCAAGGUCAGAUAAGACAGAGGGUGACCGUUGCCUCAAGUGGCUAUCGCGGGCAAUCGUUUAUGUCUAAAUUUCCAUUUUCUAAUCUUGUAAAGAAUGAGUUAGACGAAAUGAUGCAGAAGGCGAGUAACCUUUCCGAAUCAAGUCACGAAAGGCUUGACAUUGCUUUACAGCGUCUCGUAGCCAGCAGUACCGUUGGUAGGAUUCUGAGUGAGACGAUAGAAAACAGUGGAGCAAACAAAGACAACCUCAUUCGUCGUUACCUUCACGAUUUCGUGCGUAUGGUUUACAAGGCUUCUUCGGCUAAGGAAUACGAGCUUGUAGAGUCGGCUAUCGAAUGCGGUGUGAAAGAGAUGGCGUCAUUACAACCUUUAACGGACGAAAUCAUCGAUGUAUCUUUGACACUCUCGACCAUCCAUGCAUCGUUUCAGCACGUACGACGGCGGUUGUACUUAUUUCGAGAUAUGAUUCGCAACAGAUCGGACAUUGUGAAGCACCUGCACCGAGAAACUAGAGGAGCCGGUGAAGAAAUGGUCAUCGAUGGUGUUGCAGCCGGUUUGUUGUUGGAAGAGUUGUCUACUAAAGUCAAGCAUACUAGCAAUGAAAGACGACGGGAUUGGUUACGGCUUAUGCAGGUGACUAAGUCAAUAAUGGAAUCGUGGCUAACCGUUCCUCUUAGUGACCUUCCACAACAGUCAGCAAGGAAAGCAUUGACGUUAGACAUACGCACUACAUGGUCGGUGUUGUCCGUAGUUGCGCUAUUUGCUGAGCAUAUCCAGCAUCUUUCGCCAGAUCCCUUUUUGGAAACCGUUUGUUUGAAGUUUUACCAAUGUUUGUGUAGCGUCGACAUUGACUUCACACGGGUACACACGAUUCAAGCUGUUCAGAGAUUUUUAGACAAAAUCAAUAAAGAGUUUGGAGAAAAACUUUUGAAGUGCAACGAGCAGUGUGCUAUUUGCCUCGAUGCUUGGACGGAGAAAGAACCUGCGAGGUUGCCGUGUGGACACGCUUAUUGCUAUGAGUGUAUAAAGCCUCACAUUCGUGGUCGGCCCGUUUGUCCAACUUGUCAACUUAGAGUUCCUGAAACAUAUGAUUGUCGAUCUGAUGAUAACCUCAAGUUGGCAUCAAUACGCUAUCGUGAAUUCAAGCGCAGCAUAACGGCGUUCUUUAUGGAGCUUGUAUCUGUUUGGAGUUUUAGUGAGACGGCUGCUGGGCCUCCUGAUCGGGAGCUUGUUCAUUUGCUAUUGGAGCUGGUAGUGCAGAAAAGGUUGCCACAUUUGGAAGGUCCACGUACGCGGCCGUUUUCACCUUUUGAAGAAGACACAUUCGAUUCGAGACCAGUCGUUCGAUCAUUUUUGUUACAGCUUUUGUUGAAGUACAGUGCUCGACUUACAAUAGAUUAUGUAAGCAGAAUUUUUCACGAAGCUCAGGCGUUUCUAGGGUCUUCAAGAAUAGAGGGCGUGGACGACCUUAGUGUUAUAUUUGUCCAAUGUAUGGAGGAUGCUCUAGAACGAAAGGCGUGCCUUAGCUCAGCAGCAAAUUGGAGCCAGUUGGUGUCGUCCGAGCUUAGACUCUCUGUAGAAAGGCUCAAUCCUUCUGCUCAACCGGUGGACCGUCUUCUAGGAAUUGCAGGACUACGUUUCAGCCUUGCAGCUUUGAGUGCCAUUGUGGUUGACAUUUUACGUGAUGACGAAUUUGAACAUCAGUCGAGAUACAAUUUUCUUUCUUCUCAAUCAAAACUGCGUCCUCACGAGAUCGAAACGUUGAUUUCUAAGGCUAAGGAAGCGUGCAAUGCUGUUAACGAUCCGCAAGUUGUGUUGUUCUUUUUGAAGCAGUUAGUGCGAAGACACGGCAUGGAUAUAAUACAGAAAAUGCGAGAUCGGCCACACUUGGCAUGGAUUUGCGAUAUUGGCCAAAUGGAUGAUGCGACUGUUCCUGAUUUUUUUGCGGUUACUCAAUUUCCAUAUUUAGACGUCCGAAAAGCGGUUGCUGAGGUGCUCUUGACUGGCGACGUGGAAUACUUGAAAAGAAUGUUGAAGGAAUCGAGGAAACGGUCACGGAAUGCAGUUUUGUCAGCCAUGUUGUUGGCUUUUUAUACAGAAGUUACUCUAAAGACCACUAGAAACCAACCCCAGUUACAGAUCGUGCAAUCGAUCGAAGAAUCCUUGGGAGAGGACAAGAGGAUACCCGAAUGGUGCAAGUGUCUCGCUUCGGAUCUUCUCCACAACGCUCAAGGACGGCGUUUGGGUCGACUGGAGGUGUCACGCGGUCAGAGUAUCCAACACCUUUCUCUUUCCGGUCUAGCUCUUCACAUCUUUGUUGCCUUAUCUUUUUCUCGUCGAUCGAACCUCAUAGAACCAUUGCGUCUGAUACUGACAGAACCUCAGAAUAUGACAAAUUCCUAUUUCCCUACGAUGCCAGAAGAUGUCUACAUAGAAGCGAGGGAAUUGGUAGCAGGAACCAAGUGGUACCAAUGCAAGAACGGUCAUCCCUAUUUGGUUGCAGACUGUGGUAGACCCGUCGUCAGCUUUCAAUGCACGGACUGCAACGAGCCAAUAGGGGAUCGCACCCGCGAUGCGGAUGCCAGAACUCACGAUACGACGCAGACUGGACACAUACUGGGACCGGCCAAUCAGAGAGCUCACGCCGCACCAGAACGGAGUCUCUCAUUGUCGGGUUAUGCUCUAGUGCGCCUACUCUUACAUGCCGCACUCAUGUGGGCCUCGUGCAGCGAAGACCAGAACGUUUCGUCUGGCGUUGCAGACUGCACGUCGCCAAGAGUGAACGAGAAUGAUUUACCCGAGUAUUUCUGGUCGCAUUUCGUGCACGAUGUUGAGGUGUUUAGCAAAACUAUCGGAAGGAGCGUGCAAGACGCAGUCGUUGUGUGUCACGAGAUGCUGAAGCGUAUCGUAAUCGGUGGCGAAAAAGCAGCGGAUACUCAGGUUGGCACACGCUUGACGAGCAAAAAUGAAAGAAAGACGUGGGAGUCGCUUAUCAACCAAAAGUUGAUUUCUCCGUUACUGCAAUCUAUACCAGCUGACAUUGACGAAUGGCUUCAAAGAGUUAUGAAUGACAAAUGCUCAGUAAACAAUCCAGUUUUGAGGCAAGUUUAUGAACUGGAGAAUCCAUCGGCAUCUCGCUUUUCUUCUCAGCUUUGGCGCUACAGAGUUCGAGUCAGUAUCGAGCAUCUUGUCAACGCGAUAGACCAGACUCUAGAUCCAGGGCAACCCACUCACUGCUCUCUGCUUAAAGAGUUUUUUGCAGAGGAGUCGAAGCUUAGGGCUUUGCAGUAUCUUCCAGACAUUCUAAAGCUACAAACCAUUUUAGCGACGAAAUGCAAUCGACGAUUCUCGCAGCAGGAAGCGUUGACGAUGACGGUGGACGACUUUAUUAGAAGCCUAGAUGAUCCAGAGCGACAAAUGUUUACUAAACUGCUUGAUAGUUUUGUUGCGGCAUGGCAACAAGUAAAAGAGAAGGUGCUAAAUCACGGCCGCUUGAAGCCGAAGAAGACAAAGGAACACGAAUUACAGAAUGUAUGCGGUCAAACUCCAAUAGCUUUUUUGCUUCCUCGAACUCAAGACGAAGGAACUUGUGCUCUCGCUUUGGUCGAUUAUUUAAUCAACUGCACUCACAACGAAUUUAUGGGAAAAUAUCGCAGAAUUACCGGCAACGAACGAGAAGCAGAGAGAGUGUCGAUGGCCGAUAUGACCGUCGCUCAUUUGAUUGCCUACGACGUAGAAAGAGAUCUGAUGCCUUUGAUUUUCGCUCACUGCGACUACACGUUGGCUGUAGGGGAAGGAACAAAGAUCACGUACAACCUGCUGGCACUGGAAAGGCAGAUUGCAGACAGAUUUAUUGUAGGCAAACCGCACAUCGACAUGGAGGUUUGCAGUGUUUCCUAUCGUAAAGAUGUCUACAAUAUGGCAUUGUUCGCUCGCUUAACUCAACGUGUGACACAGGAAGAUUUAGACGCGUCGGCCGAACGUCAGAUUGUAGCAGAAAUGCGCGAUUUGAGAGAUAUUUACAGUGUUCUUGCUCUGCUGGACAUCGUCAUCGGAUUUCUAGCGUCAUCCGGCGGAGAAGAAGACAUGACGCUUGAUCAUUAUGUUCAUGAAACUUUACGGAUGCCUCGAGCAUCGAGUCUCAUCAGCAACAAGGCGCGACAGGUCUGCCAGCUGAAACACGUGCGAGCACUCUGGCGAUUGUUGAAUGUUGAGAAAAGCAAGAGACUUACAUUGGCCGAUCGAGAGCCUUUUGAGGGAGUGAGUCCCAAGUACAGACACAGAUUGGGAAAGAGUGCAAGAGAAAGUUUGAAGAUAGCAUUGAAGAAGAUUAGAAUUGAUGUUUUCUUGACCGAACUAGUGGAUGUAGUCAUUCUAGAGCUGGAAAAGUGGCAAGAAACGAGCAACAUUGAGGAAUACGAGCUUGCUGCAGCACUUGAAGAACUACAUGGAUCUACAAUGGGGGGAUUGAAUGAGAUUUCUGGCGAUGUAAAGCUCAAACAUAUUGUACACUGUUGGAGUUUGGCUGUCAAGCUGCAAGCGCAAAUGACGAGAGUCUAGGAUUGGCCUUCGUAUAAGGCUAGUUUGUCCAUUGAUUGAAUUUCUUCUCUAUACUAGCUACUUUGACUUCUAUUUUGUAGUGUUUGCCAGGACAGUGUGUUGAUUAUCUAUCUCGUUUAGACAGGAAGCGCUACUAGUAGGCAUUGUAUUUUGUCACUACUCUCUCGAAUGAUUUUCACAAUUUUUGAUUGGAGCCCA